CACUCAUAAACAAUUCAGUUGUUAGCCAGGUCCCACAAAGUGCAUAUUUAGCAGACGAUUACGCGCAUCAAAUGUACUUGCAAUGAAAUCCACAAAUAUACAAUUCGUCAUAGUGGUGACGCUCUGCGAUUUACUUAUUCCCGCAAAUACUGCGAAUAUACUUAGUUUAGUCGAGGUGUUAACGCCGGAGCAACAACUUUGGCAUGAUGCGGUCUACAGAGGACUCCUAAGUAGAGGCCAUAAACUUACGAUAGUAAGUGGCAGCAGGUUGACCUCAAAACCUCCAGGGGUUGUACAAAUUCACUUGGAGGAUGUGAAGGCAAUAUUAGACACCAAUAAGCCGCCCAAACUCUUUACGAAUCCAUGGCUGAGUCCCUUUGAGCGAGUUAUUCACUGGUACGACAGACAGAUGAAAAUCUGCAAAGCUGUUCUUUCCUCAAGCGGGCUUCAGGAGUUCAUCGUGCUAUCUAGGCAGGCGGAGCCGUUUGAUUUGAUCAUCUAUGAUGCAACAUAUGGGCCAUCGUGUUUACUAGCAUUGGCGCAGCUUUUCGAGAAUAUACCGAUCGUGGCAGUGAGUACUUCGUACAUCACACCAGAUCUGCUAAAAGUUGCCCGUGGCACGCAUAUACAACCUGCCACAAUACCACAUUUCACCACCGUCCACAACGAGCACAUGAACUUUUUAGAGCGUCUGCACAACACUAUUGUAUAUGCAAUGGCCAGCUUCUUUCGUCAAUUCACCGUGGAAAGCGUUCACGAGGCAUUGUUGGCCAAAAGCGAGGAGUUGCAGGAAGCGCAUAUAAAACCCCAGUUGGGAAAAAUAAUUGAUCGCAUUAAGGUGGUGCUUGUCAACAGUCAUCCGGCAACCGACUACGUACAUGCGUUGCCGGCAAAUGUAAUCGAAGUUGGUGGGUUGCAGUUUGAUAAUGUGAAUCGCCCAUUAUCAGUCGAAAUGCAAGGGUUCAUUGACAACUCAGAGGAGGGUGUCUUUAUUAUAACGCUUGGCAGCCAAGGCAACAUAAACGAGCUGAAGCACGACGUCAUCGAAGUUAUACUGAAUACAAUCGAUAGUUUACCCGAGUAUGAUUUCAUAUGGGGGGUGGAUAAGCUUCCAAUACCCACUGAAAGCAGACCGAAUCUUUUUGUGGGUAAAUGGUUGAAGAAAAGUAAUAUAUUCGCGCAACGUAAGGUGAAAGGUUUCAUUAGUGGAGGCAGUCAUAUGGAUGUCCAAUCAGCUGUCUACUAUGGAGUGCCUAUUAUUGGAAUACCUGGUGAAUUAUAUCAGCCAAAUGCUGCUCAACGUGCGCAGGCGUUGGGUUUCGGAAUAAGAGUGGAUCUUAGUUCAGACCCUCAAAAGCUUUAUAGUGCCAUCAAUACUAUAUACUUGGAGCCGAAGUUUAAAGAGAAUGCAAAAUCCCGGCAAGCUGCUUUUCGUAAUCGGCCUCGUGAUCCUCUGGAUGAAGCAAUGUGGUGGAUUGAGUAUGUCUUGUCGCACCCCGUUGAGAGUGACUAUCUCUUCUCUCGGGCAUCAGCCGAUACAAGCUACUUUGUGAUGCAUUCCCUGGACGCUAUAUCUGUGUUAGUUUUUAUGUUGGCGAUGUUCUUUGUUAAUUGCUAUUUUGUGUUGAAGCAUCUAAUUGAAUAUUGGAAUACCAAGGGGCAGCAUGAAAUCGAAGCGAAAAACGAAAAUUCAAAGCGAAAAUUGAAAAAGUCAAAUAGUAAUAAGAAGAAAAGUCAGUGAAAUCGGCUAUUCCAUAGAAUAAAUGCAUUUUCACACUUAAAGAUGUAAUUUUUUAAAAUUUCUAAGUGGGAUCCUAGCUCGACCUAUUCCUUUCGAGUUCCCGUUUAACUUUCGAGCCUAUAAUACAUAUUUCAUUGAACUUGAAAAAUAAUUUUAAUUAAAACAUGUUGUGCAGUGGACCUUUCGCAGAAGUUUCCUAUAAUUAUUUAGUAAAAUUCAUUUAUUCAUUUAUUUUUUAUUAGAUUAUAAUAUAAUUAUGAAUAAUUGUAUUACAUUACGAAAGGUCCUACUAGCUAAGCCUAUCGGCCUACAAAAAAUUGCACUGUUAUUGUUACUUCCCUAAAGAGUAAGGCUCAUUUACCACGCCCGACUACAAUCCAGACUGAAAAGUAGAUUUUUUAAAUUUUAGAACAAUUUUCCUUUGUACGAAAAGAAUAUGGCUGUGUAUCGCUAUGUAUAAUCGAGUUUCACUAUUUAAGGGGGGAGCCUGGUUUAUAAGGUCAAAAAAAUCAAUUUUUUUUUCGUUGUAAGCGAUUCCUAAUAUAUUUCAGAAUAUUCACACAAAGUUACACAGCCUAAUUCUCAAUAUUUCCGUAGAUACAAAGCCAAAGGUAGGCGAGCGUUAGGUAGUUACGCAGCUAUAGUACAAACUUUAUCUUCUUUUCUCGACUUUUCAUUUUUACAAA